UGAUGGAGGCGACAGCGAUGGGGAGGGGAGGGGCUCCUCCAUCAUGGCGGUGGCCUCCUACGACCAGCUGCUGAGACAGGUGGAGGUGUUAAAGAUGGAGAACUCCAACUUGAGACAAGAGCUGCAGGACAACUCCAACCACUUGACCAAACUGGAGACACAGGCGUCCAACAUGAAGGAGGUGCUGAAGCAGCUCCAGGGCACCAUAGAAGAAGAAUCUGGAGAAGCUUCUGGAUCUCAGCUGGAGCUCAUAGAGAGACUGAAGGAAAUGAGCCUGGACUCGGCGGGUUUCAAGGCCCGGACUCGGCCCCCCCUGCCCCCCUCCUCUUCCUCCAGCUCCACUUCCUCUGGAUCUGGAACUCCAGGAGGACUCGGAGCUCCUGGUCCUUCCUCUGCUGCUGCCUUCCCCAGGAGAGCUCUGCCGUCUGCAGGCCGGGACCGGGACCGGGACCGGGACAGAGACAGCCAUGAGCGGUGCCUGGACGAGCUGGAGAAGGAGAGGUCGCUCCUAUUGGCCGAGCUGGAAAAGGAGGAGAAGGAGAAAGACUGGUACUACGCUCAGCUCCAGAACCUGACCAAGAGAAUCGACAGUCUGCCACUGACCGAGAACUUCACUCUACAGACGGACAUGAGUCGUCGUCAGCUGGAGUUUGAGGCUCGUCAGAUUCGCUCGGCGAUGGAAGAGCAGCUGGGGUCCUGCCAGGAGAUGGAGAGGAGAGCACAGGCUCGUGUGUCUCGCAUUCAGCAGAUAGAGAAGGACAUCCUCCGUCUCGGAGCUCGUCUUCAGGUGGAAGGAGCUCCAGGCACAAGCGACAGCAGUGGAUUGGCUGCAGCUCCAGGUGCCGGCGGCCGGUCGGACCACGAGCCGGCCAAUGAGAACGCUUACUCCGUGCCUCGACGAAUCACCAGCCACCUGGGGACCAAGGUGGAGAUGGUGUACAGUCUGCUGUCCAUGCUGGGGACUCACGACAAGGACGACAUGUCUCGCACGCUGCUCGCCAUGUCCAGCUCCCAGGACUCCUGCAUCGCCAUGCGUCAGUCCGGCUGCCUGCCGCUGCUCAUCCAGCUGCUGCACGGCAACGACAAGGACUCGCUGCUGCUGGGUAACUCCCGGGGCAGUAAGGAGGCCAGAGCCCGGGCGUCGGCGGCGCUCCACAACAUCGUGCACAGCCAACCCGACGACAAGAGAGGCCGGCGUGAGAUCCGAGUGCUCCACCUGCUGGAGCAGGUGCGUCAUUACUGCGAGGCCUGCUGGAGCUGGCAGGAGAACCACGAGAGGGGCGUCGACCAGGAGGACAACCCCAUGCCCUCUCCAGUGGAACAUCAGAUCUGUCCAGCCGUCUGUGUUCUCAUGAAGCUCUCCUUUGAUGAGGAACAUCGCCACGCCAUGAACGAGCUGGGCGGGCUCCAGGCGGUGGCGGAGCUGCUGCAGGUGGACUGUGAGAUGUUCGGGCUGAGCAACGACCACUACAGCGUGACUCUGCGGCGCUACGCCGGCAUGGCGCUGACCAACCUCACCUUCGGAGACGUGGCCAAUAAGGCCACACUCUGCUCCAUGAAGGGCUGCAUGAGAACCAUGGUGGCUCAACUCAAGUCCCAGAGCGAAGACCUGCAGCAGGUGAUCGCCAGCGUCCUGAGGAACCUGUCGUGGCGAGCCGAUGUGAACAGUAAGAAGACGCUGAGGGAGGUGGGCAGCGUCCGGGCGCUGAUGGGCUGCGCUCUGGAGGUGCAGAAGGAAUCGACCCUGAAGUCGGUGCUGAGUGCUCUCUGGAACCUGUCGGCCCACUGCACAGAGAACAAGGCCGACAUCUGCUCAGUGGACGGAGCGCUGGCGUUCCUGGUGGGAACGCUGACUCAUCGCAGCCACAGCAACACGCUCGCCAUCAUCGAGAGUGGCGGAGGAAUCCUGCGCAACGUGUCCAGCCUCAUUGCCACCAACGAGGCCCACAGGCUCGUCCUCCGGGAACACGCCUGCCUCCCGACACUGCUGCAGCACCUGAAGUCUCACAGUCUGACCAUCGUGUCCAACGCCUGCGGAACGCUGUGGAACCUGUCGGCGCGCGACGCCAAAGACCAGGAGGCUCUGUGGGAGCUGGGCGCCGUGGGCAUGCUCAGGAACCUCAUCCACUCCCGCCACAAAAUGAUCGCCAUGGGCAGCGCGGCCGCCUUGCGCAACCUGAUGGCGAACCGGCCGGCGCGCUACAAAGACGCCAGCGUGAUGUCACCAGGCGCCGGCGCCCCGUCGCUGCAGGCCCGCAAACAGAAGGCGUUGUUCGAGGAACUGGAUGCCCAGCAGCUCUCGGAAACCUUCGACAACAUCGACAACCUGAGCCCCAAGGCCGCGCACCGCAAGGGGCGGGGCUGCGGCGGCUCUGCGGGAACCGCCGUCUCCGCUCGCUCCUACUCCAACACGCCGGUGCUGUCCAGCCCCAAGAAUGGAGAAGGUUCCAAGAGGGCGUGCGAGGAGGGGGCGUACCCCCGCGCCGUGUUCCCGCCCAGCGUGCGGGCGUCCAGCGACAGCCUCAACAGCGUCACCAGCGCCGACGGUUACGGCAACCGCGGCAAGACCAAGCCGUCGGCGGAGUCCUUCUACUCCUCUGAUGAGAGUGCCGCCAGCAAGUGCUGCGUCUACAGGAAGUACCCGGCCGACCUGGCGCACAAGAUCCGCAGCGCCAACCACAUGGCGGACGACGACGGCGCCGAGCUGGACACGCCCAUCAACUACAGCCUGAAGUACUCGGAUGAGCAGCUGAACUCCGGCAGGCAGAGUCCGAGCCACCGGGGCGGCGCGGACAGCGACGAGGACGGCGAGCGGGACGCCGGGCCGAGGAGGUCGGACGGCGGCGGGCCGGCGGCGGGCGACGGCCGCAUGCCGCCCGUCCCACCGCCGCGUUACAUCACCACGGCGUCCAGUUAUGGCGGAGACUCUUCGGCAGAGCAGCCUAUCGACUACAGCUUAAAGUACGCCGCCGACGCCGCCCGCAAGCCUCUGUUCAAACCGGAAGACGCCGGCGCCUCCGCCCUGCCUCCACCCUCGUCCUCAUCUAUCAACAAGCUCCGCCCCCCGGCACCCGCCGCCGGGCGAGCGCCUUCCAAGAGCAACCAGGAGUCCACCCAGACAUACUGCGUGGAGGACACGCCCAUCUGCUUCUCCAGAGGAAGCUCGCUGUCCUCGCUGUCUUCCGAGGACGAAGACGGCGGCGACGUCAAGAGAAGAAGCGGCGGUGGUGGAAACGACUACCCGACCCUUCCCGUCGGCGAGAAGAGCGCGCAGGAGCAGCGGCGGCAGCAGAAGGAAGCCGAGAGCCAGACCGCCGCCGCUCCGUCCGCACGGGGACGCCGAGGACACCACCACCACCACCACCACGGCCACGCCCACCACCACCACCACGCCACAGCCUCGUCGGGCGCCGGGACGCCCAAGAGCCCGCCGGAGCCGCCGUACGCCCAGGAGACGCCGCUGAUGUUCAGCCGCUGCACCUCCGUCAGCUCGCUGGACAGCUUCUCCACCUCCUCCAUCGCCAGCUCCGUGCGCUCCAGCGAGCCGUGCAGCGGCGUGCCGAGCGGCGUGAUCAGCCCCAGCGACCUGCCCGACAGCCCGGGGCAGACCAUGCCGCCCAGCCGCGCCAAGACGCCGCCGCCGCCGCCGCCGCCGCCGCCGGCCCGCGAGGCCCCUCCGGAGGAGACGGCCAAGAAGAAGCUGGAGGAGGACGAGAGCGGCGCCGACGUCCUGCUGCACUUCGCCACCGAGAGCACGCCGCACGGCUUCUCCCGCGCCUCCAGUCUGAGCGCGCUCAGUCUGGACGAGCCCUACAUCGCCGCCGAGAUGAAGAAGGAGGAGACGGAGGCCAGGCGGGCCGAGCCGGCCGCGGCGGAGCCCGCCAAGCCCGUCCUGGACGGCUCGGACGACGACGACGACGACGACAUCGAGAUCCUGGAGGCCUGCAUCAACAUGGCCAUGCCCAAGUCGUCACGGAAACCAAAGAAACAGAGCGCGGCGCCCAAGGCCAGCCAGCUCCCCGUCUACAAGCUCCUCCCACCUCACGGCCGCACGCAGGCGCAGCUGAGGAAGGAAGCGGCUCCGCCCCCGGAGGAGGUGCCCCGGGUCUACUGCGUAGAGGGAACGCCGCUCAACUUCUCCACCGCCACGUCGCUCAGCGACCUCACCAUCGACUCCCCGCCCAACGAGGAGGUGGCGGCCGCCGCCGCGACCCCGCCCACAUCCGCCCCGAGGAGGCGCGCCGGACAUCCCGAGGGCGAGAAUGGCGACGACAUCCUGGCAGAGUGCAUCAGCGCCGCCAUGCCCAAAGCCAAACCCAGAAAGCCCUCCAGAGCGCCGUCCCACGGCGAGGAGGCGCCGCCCCCCCUCCCUCCCCCUCUUCCUGCUCCGGCCCCGCCUCCUCUCUGCUCGCAGCAGCAGCAGAAGAAGAAGCCCACGUCGCCCGUGAAGCCCAUGCCCCACAGGGCGCCGUACGGCGUGCCCGCCACGACCGCCGCCAAGGCUAAACCGGGAUUCGCCUUCGACUCGCCGCGACACUACACGCCCAUCGAGGGCACGCCCUGCUGCUUCUCCCGCAACGACUCGCUCAGCUCCCUGGACUUCGACGAAGACGACGGCGGCGACAAGGGCGAGGCGGACAAAAAGACGAAAGAAGAUGGCCGCAAGAGGAAGCAGCAGACGGCCGCCGUCUUCCCACGAACCAAAUCCACCGCCAAUCCCACGGCGAGUGACGAGAAGCAGAAGUUCUCCAUCGAGGACACGCCCGUCUGCUUCUCCAGGAACUCCUCCCUCAGCUCGCUCAGCGACAUCGACCAAGAGAACAACAACAAAGAGUUUGCCCCGCCCCCUGAGGAUGACCAGGCUCCGCCCCCUCCACCUGAGGGCCAGGUGAGCUCCAAGCCCCGCCCCCCAGCGGCUGUUGGCUACGCCCCCAAAGCGUUCCACGUGGAGGACACGCCCGUCUGCUUCUCCAGGAACUCGUCCCUGAGCUCGCUGAGCAUCGACUCGGAGGACGACCUGCUCCAGGAGUGCAUCAGCUCCGCCAUGCCCAAGAAGAAGAAGAAGGCUCCCGCCGCCGCCGCGCCUCCGCCCGCCGCCUCCGCCGCCGCGCCCACAGCCCUCUCCGUCCUGACGGCGGACGACAGCAUCCUGGCCGAGGAGGAACCAUCAGAGGUCCCCCGAAGCCCCGCCUCCCCGGACUCCGAGUCGUUUGAUUGGAAGGCCAUCCAGGAGGGCGCCAACUCCAUCGUGAGCAGCCUGAACGCCGCCGCCGCCUCCUCGCUGUCCCGCCAGCCGUCCUCGGACUCGGAUUCCGUUCUGUCCCUGAAGUCGGCGGGCUCCCCGUUCCACCUCCCCACGGCCCGCCAGCACGGGCGGGAGGAGGCGGAGCCGGACGAGGCCAAGCGGGGAGCGCGCAUCCUGAAGGCCGGCGAGCGCAGCACGCUGGACGCCAAGAAGAAGAAGGAGGAGGACGAGGAGGAGGAGGCGGCCAAAGCCCUGCGGGGCGGCAAGAAGGUCUACCGGAGCCUCAUCACCGGCAAGCCCCGGGCAGAGCCCGCCUCCCGGGGGCGGAGCAAACCCAGAGCGCUGGCCGUGACCGACAGGGGAGGCGGGUCCUCUCGAGACUCCACCCCCUCCCGCUCCACCGCGGCCAAUCAGAAAGGAGGGAAGCCGUCACAGCUGCCUCGCACUUCCUCUCCGGGAAGCGCGUCUUCUUCUUCAUCUGCUUCCAAAGCGGCCAAACCCAGCGCGGCGGUGAGGGCUGGCGGCGGCGGCGGCGCCAUGCCAAGGAGCGAGUCCGCCUCCAGGGUCGCCGCCGCCGCCAAAAAGCCCAAGGCGGAGGUGGACAAGCCGGCGCUGGUGCGCCAGUCCACCUUCAUCAAAGAGGCGCCGAGCCCCACGCUGAAGAGGAAGCUGGAGGAGUCGGCGCCGCCCACCGUGCCUCCCUCGCCGUCCAGCCCGGACACGCCGCUGCCGUCCGCCUCCAGAAAACACGACGUCGGCCGCUCCCACUCCGAGAGCCCGUCGCGCCCUCAGGACGCGGCGCCGUCGCGCUUCAGCCGCACGGGCACCUGGAAACGGGAAAACGGCGGCACGGGCGGCGCCGCUGCUAAACACUCCACCUCGCUGCCUCGCGUCGGCACCUGGAAGAGGACGGGCAGCUCUUCCUCCGUGCUGUCGGCGUCGUCCGAGUCCAGCGAGAAGGGGCGGAGCGAGGAGGAGGGCGGCGGCAGGUCCAAGGGGACAUGGAGGAAGGCGAAGGGCGGCGGCGAGUCGCCGGCUGGGCGGAGUCUCGCCGACAAAUCGGAAGACGUGUGGGUCCGCCUGGAGGACUGUCCCGUCAACAACCCGCGCUCCUCCUCCGCCUGCUCCGCCCGCUCCCCCGUCUCCGCCAACGCUCCGCCCGUCAUCCAGAGCCCGGCGCCCUCCAAGAUCCCCUCCUCCUCUUCCUCCUCUUCCUCCUCCAACCUCAACCUGCGGCGCAGCUGCGAGAGCCUGGAUGACAAGCCGCCGGCGCCGCAGCGGGCCCAGCAGCCGGCGCCGCAGCGCAGCGGCGCCGUGGCGGCUCGGGUCAGCCCCUUCAACUACACGCCCAGCCCCAGGAAGAGCGGCGUGGAGGUGACCGUCGCCUCGGCGACUGCCACCAUAACCGCCACGGCAACCGCCACGGCAACCGCCACCACGGCGUCUUCCACCACGCCGACCCGCCCCUCCCUCAUCCCCACCCCCAUCACCAAGAAACGGGAGCCCAAGAGCGGCGAGGGCGGCGGCGGAGAGCGCGGCUCCUACAUCGUCACGUCGGUGUGACGCUCGACACCGAGAAAAGAGAUUAACCUGCUAGCCCCGCCCCCUUCCUCCCAUUGGUUCACAGCUCAGAAUUGAACUUUAUAUGUUUUUAUACCACUAAAAUGAUGUGUAGCGCUUAGCUCCGCCCCUCACCUGUCCCUGCAUGGCCCCGCCCUGAUGUAAUGACAGUUACCGUGGUGACGGACAGACACGUCUUUUCUUCUCUUUGUGAGUGAAGUUCAGUUUGAACGAAGAACUGAUUCCUCAAACAAGGCGCUGAGAUGAGCAGCUAGCUAACCUAGCUGAAGCCGAUGUCAGAGAACGCUGCCGGACGGCCGCCGCCGCGACGGAGAACAUCGCCGCCGCGCCAACGCUCUGACGGAGAACAUCGCCGCCGCGACGGAGAACAUCGCCGCCGCGACGGAGAACAUCGCCGCCGCGCCAACGCUCUGACGGAGAACAUCGCCGCCGCGCCAACGCUCUGACGGAGAACAUCGCCGCCGCGACGGAGAACAUCGCCGCCGCGCCAACGCUCUGACGGAGAACAUCGCCGCCGCGACGGAGAACAUCGCCGCCGCGCUAACGCUCUGACGGAGAACAUCGGCGGUUGCUCCUGGUUGCUCAAACCUCCACAACACUAUGCCUUCGCAGUUGGUUACCUUGAAAAGUUCCUUUUCAUUAGGUGUUGCAUGUGAGCGGUCUGACCAGACAGCCCGGCCGGCGGUCUGCCUGACGGGCUGGCGGUCUGCCUGACGGGCUGGCGGUCUCCCUUCCCGGCCGGCGGUCUGCCUGACGGGCCGGCGGUCUCCCUUCCCGGCCGGCGGUCUGCCUGACGGGCUAAAGGUCUCCCUUCCCGGCUGGCGGUCUCCCUUCCCGGCUGGCGGUCUCCCUUCCCGACUGGCGGUCUCCCUUCCCGGCCGGCAGUCUGCCUGACGGGCCGGCGGUCUCCCUUCCCGGCCGGCGGUCUGCCUGACGGGCUGGCGGUCAGACUGCCAGGCAUGCUGGUUGCCUGGUCAUGGGAGUGGAUUAUAGACAGUUUUUUUUUUUUUUUUUUCCCAAACUUUGCUGUUUUCAAGUAUUCCAGUUUGGGAUUUUAAUUAUUUUGGUUUCCAUCGCUAUGGAAACAGAUAACACUGUAAAACGUAAGUUAUUGCUGUAAGCCUGAAAGUUUGACCUUUGAAGCACAUAAUUUAAAACAAACUGACUUUUGCCAAACAGAA